AGCUAUAAAAUUGUAGAAAUAGAUGUACAAGUCAAAGUGGCUGAGCCAAAGAGUGGAGAUGGAAGUUGAAGGUCAGUGGCAGAUUUCACAGAGAGAGAUAUGCUGGUCAAUGAUGUUCAUAGCUUCAUGGAGCAUCAUUGUAUUAUUAUAUGUGAAACUGUGGUAUAGAUCUCAAAGGAUCAGAUCAGUGCUUCAGAAACAAGGCAUCAAUGGACCAAAACCUUCUUUCCCCUUUGGCAACCUUUCUGAGAUGCAACAGCUCAACCAAGGUGCUCCUGUUUCUCUUGAAGCCUUAGACAAAUGGGCUUUUUCCCUCUACCCCUUUUUCCAUACAUGGAGGCAACGCUAUGGUCCAGUGUUCAUGUACUCCACUGGAACCAAACAACAUCUAUAUGUGGAAAUACCCGAAUUAAUGAAAUGGAUAGGUCUGAACACAUCCUUGGACCUGGGCCGGCCAUCGCAUCUAACAAAAACAUUGAAGCCCUUGCUGGGUGAUGGCAUCAUCAUGUCUAAUGGACUACAUUGGGCCUUCCAAAGGAAUUUGCUUGUUCCUGAGUUUUUCCAGAGCAAAAUUAAGAAUUGGGUGGAUAUAAUGGGAGAAUCAACCAUGGCAAUUAUCAAAAAAUGGGAGAGCCAUAUAACAGAAAGUGAAGGGGGGAUUGCAGAGCUGGUGAUUGAUGGAGAUAUGAAGACUCUUACAGCGGAUGUCAUUUCCAAAGUUUGUUUUGGCACCUCUUAUGCUCUAGGAAAUUUAAUUUUUGCAAAACUGGCCUCCAUGCAAGCUAUACUAGCAAAGUCUAGUGUUCUAUUUGGAUUUCUAAACCUAAGGUUUCUUCCCACCAAGGAAAACAAAGAGCUGUGGAAGUUGCAGAAAGAGGUGGAAACGAUGAUACUAAAAGUGAUCAAAGACCGUGAAGGAGAAAACCAAAAGAGUGGCACACAUGAGAAUGAAAAGGAUCUAUUACAAAUAAUACUAGAAGGUGCUGCCAAUGCCACCACUGGUACUAGUGGAAAGGGUAUUUUUGGGUCCCGGUAUAACAUAAACCAGUUGAUUAUAGACAUUUGCAAAAAUAUUUACUUUGCAGGCUAUGAGAGUAGUGCUCUUGCAAUUAUUUGGACACUGCUGCUACUUGCCUUACACCCUGAGUGGCAACAACGAAUUAGAUCAGAGAUUAUGGAGACCUAUGAUAACACGGUGCCUCAUUCCUUUCUUGACAUGGACAAACUUCGAAACUUGAAAGCACUAACAAUGGUGAUUCAAGAGAGUCUACGACUUUAUGGGCCUUCAACUAUGGCCACAAGGGAAGUGUUGGCCAAUGAGAUGAAGUUGGGGGAAUAUGUGCUGCCUAAAGGCAUCAACUUGUGGUUGUUCACACUUGCGUUGCACCGUGACCCUGAUAACUGGGGACCAGAUGCUAGGGAAUUCAAGCCAGAAAGGUUUGCUGGUGGUGUUUCUUUAGCCUGUAAGUACCCUCAAGCUUAUAUACCAUUUGGUCUCGGGGGUCGAAUUUGCUUGGGCCAAAACUUUGCCUUGCUACAAAUGAAGGAAGUUCUGUGUCUUCUUCUGUCCAACUUCUCCUUUGCUGUUUCACCAAACUAUUGCCAUUGCCCUGUGGAUAGUUUUCUGUUAAUGCCAAAAUAUGGUGUAAGACUUCUUGUUAGCAAGGUUCACAAGACUAGUGCGUAGUUCAGGUUUUGUUCUGUGUUGUCCCAACAUAUGUGACCAAGUCUAGCUAGCUUUGUUAGUGACUUUGUUGGGAUGGAUGAUGCAUAAAUAAAAACUCUUAUGAUUUGCUAA